CGCCGAGGAGCUCUGUUCAGAGGUCAACUUCCUGUGCAUGGUUUCGCUUCCUGCUGACGCGGUAUUUAUUUGUUAUGUUUUGUGGUUUGUUUUUCUACCGUCAUGAGCGAACCAAGUGACGAUAAUGAUGAAGCCGUUUGGCUAAAUUUCAUGUCAUUAGACUUCAAAAUAUAAGUUUUUGUUCGAAUUGUGUUGAUGUGGCUGGAAAUCCAAUCUUGAAAAUGGAUUUUGCCUGGCGUAAACAUGGGCGAAGGUAGCCCUGAAGAUGGGAACUUUCUGGUUCGUGUCCGGGCUCAGGUCAUGACCAGAGAUGACUCCACAGGAGGCUGGGUACCCAUGGGCGGAGGUGGGCUGAGUAAUGUAUCAGUAAGGAAACGUCUCAUCUCAGAGGAAGAUCAGAAACCGGAAUAUAUCAUCUGUGGAAAAAGAAUAUCAGAUCAAACGGUUGUUCUUAGUUGUAGCAUUAGGAGAGACUUCAUUUAUAAUAAAGUGAUGCCCACUUUUCAUCAUUGGAGGACAGGAGAGAAGAAAUUUGGUCUUACCUUCCAGACAGCUGCAGAUGCCAGGGCCUUUGAUAAGGGAGUCAGGACUGCAGUUGAAGAUCUCUUGGAAGGUGUAGGUUAUGGUCACAAUUCUCAUGGUGGAGAUGAUCUUGGAGAUGAUGAAGUUUUCAUGACUCUAGAUCUACCUGUGGAAUCUCGCUCUUCAUCGGGCUCUAGUAGUGGAAGUGCUAAUGGCGUGAACACAUUUCGGCCGACUUCUGCAACGUCCAGCAUCCCGGGUGAUACAUUUUCAGUCAACUCAUCACCUUAUUCUCAUCCCCAUUCUACUCAACAGCAGCAGCAACAACAGCAUCUUUAUCGAUUACAGUUCAUGAAGCCCUCGCGCACAAUGCCGGGCGUCAGCAGUAAUGGUGGCAGCACUAGUGGCUUGACUUCAUCUAUAAGUAUUGCAGCUGGAGAGUUACAGAAAGUUCAAGGUGAAGAAAUUUGGGUUAAAGAAAAAGCAGGCAAAGAGCCUCCUCCUAAUAAUCAGGAGAAAAUUGAACUCUUACCAUACUCUUACGUUAGCUUCGCUAAAGAGAGGCCCGAGCAACGUGCUGAACACGAUUACUGUUACCCUGCGAUAGAGACAUUAAAGAGCGGGAGACAGGAUUACCCUGAGAACUUAAAAAAGCAAGUGGCAACUGUUAGCUCUGAACCGCCACUACUUCCAAGCAAAAAGAAAGGAAAAGACUCGAGGUCGCAACCUUCGCCGAGUCAGUCGAGGUGUCGCUUGUGCCUCGACACUUACGGCGAAGAAGACAACCGGCCUGGCAGCUGUCGAUAUGGUCGCGAUAGAACGUUAUCGUGCAUUAACCAUGCGACUUGCCUCUCCUGUGCCCAGUGCAUGCUCUAUCAUUGCAUGUCAGAUGCAGAAGGGGACUUCCAUCACCAUCCUUGUUCAUGUGAUUCUUCCGAUGAUCACUGCCGCAGGCGUUGGACUGGUCUUGCCUUGCUUUCUAUAUUUGUUCCCUGCCUCUGGUGCUACCUGCCUCUUCGUGCCUGUCACCGCUGUGGAGUCAGUUGUGGUUACUGUGGAGGUCAACAUGAACCUGAAUAUGAAUAGUUCUUUCUUUAUUUUUAUUAUUUUUUUGGAUACAUAUCCCUAAUGGGUGUGUCCUGACUGAAUCCUAUUUGGGGUCAUACACUGCCUGCAUUCUUCUCUCGUGAGAUUUGUUGUAUCUCUCUAUCUCUCUCUCUUUGUCAAAAUACGCAUUUUUGAUCUCUCGGUUGGCCAAUGAUGGUCCCCGACCCCAUACUGAGCACCCACCAAUGUAAAAUAAUUUUUGUUAUAAAAUAUGUACAGAUAUUAUACCCUUCCCGGAUUUUUUAUGUCUUAUUUUACAUUGUUUGUUCGUUUGUUUUUUAAAAGGAGAGGAAUAUUUUCUUCUCUGUACAGGAUGGCAAGAAAUAACUUCAGAAAAGAAACUUCAGAAAUAAUUUUUUUUUAAUCUCCAACAUAAAGUUGGUUCUCUUCCAAAUUUUAAGGUUCAUAUUUUUUAAUAACUUUUAUAAAUCUCAGAGUGAAAUUAACAAAGGAGAUUUAAAAAAACAGAAUCUCAAAAUAACAAACUGUAAUUUUAAACUUUAAAAAAAAGAAAAAUUAUUUAUAAAUUUUGUUUUUAUUAUUUAUUUAUGACCUUUUCUAAAUCUUCGCAAAUUUAAAUUUGCAGAAUGGUUUUAAUUUACAGCAGGGGGAAAUCUAUUGUUGCUAAUUUAUUGUUUUGAUUUAAUCAUUUUCAAAUUAGUUUAUUUUAUGUUUAUAAUUCAUAUGAAUCAUAUUGCUAUUUUUCAUCCUCAAUUUAAUUAUAUUUCCUACUAAAUAUCUAUUCGCAAGCAUUUGUAAAUAUCCAAAUAAUUUCAUCUCAACUUAUAUCAUGGAUAUAAAUUUCUUUACUUAACUGUUUUAAAUUUCCAACUUAACUUUAUAAUCCUUGUCCUGGCCUUAAGUUGGUGCCAAUGCUAUAGCUAACUUAUUAUUCUCCAUGGCAUUCGAUCAAUAACUAGUGUAGAAUUUGAAAAAUUCUAUAAAAUUUUGUUCAAAAUUAUAAUUUAAACAUUUGUUAUAGCAAUUGAUUUUCUUAUUAAUUAGUGAAUUUUUUUUUAAAUAUCCUUAUGAAAAAUUAUUCCCAACAGUUAUUACCCAGUAUUACAAGAAAACAAUUUAUAUUCAACUUUACUAUUGUUCAUUUCCAAUUUAAUAAUAUUAUGGUUUAUGGUAAUUAUUUAUUUAUGAGUUUUUAAAUAUCCUAGUGAAUUAACCACCCAGUGAUAAUCACAAUUUGUAAAUAAUAAAUACAAAGUAUGUUAAUUAUUUAUAGAACAGAUUUGUUGCAGAUCUGCACUUGAGUUUCAGUGAUUUUUUUCUCACCAAACACUUUUGGCUCAGUUUUAUUGGCGCCACUUUUGUCUCAUGGUGAAAAAGAGAUUAAAUAUUACAACCCUAUUAAAUUUAAGGUUCACUUGUGUUACAGUGAUUUUUUAACAUAAAACAUGCAUUUCAUAAAUAACUGCAUGUCUAUAUCAAAUGUAACAGAUAUAUUCAAUACCUGUUUUUGCAAGAAGAAAAAAUUUCUUGCCAGCAUUGAUGGUAAAAACUUCUUAUAUGGAGUAAAUUUGCCGGGACAUUCACUACACUGAUGUUUUCUUAAGGUUAAAGAAUUGUUCAGAUAUUUUAUUUUUUUUAAAUUUAUCUACACUUCAUGUACAAAUAAAAAAUGUUCAAAUUAAAUUUGAAGUGAUGCUCAGUACAUCUUAGUGUCAGACUAAAUUUACUUGGAGAUGUUUUUGGUUUUAAAUAGCGCAAGAAGUUAACUGUGGGUCCAGAAAUAAAUUUGUUGUGUGAGAAAAAAACUAAUAUUGCUGUGGUGUAAAUUUUUUAUUGUUGUGCAUUUUCUAAAAGGAAGAUUAAAGAUUGGUACAUUUCCAAGGUAUUUUGAAGAAGAAAAAUGGGAUACACAUAUUAUAAGACAGUAAUUAACUUCAAUACAUAGGUUAUAUUUUUUUUAAUUAAUUUAGUUUGGCUCUUUUGGUGCCACUGCUCAGUAUAUAUUUGCCCAGUAUAUCCUACUCCGAUGUUUUUAAAAUACCAUUGCCCGACAUACCGUACAUAGUUACUUAAAUUUUACUGCAAUUUAAUAGAACUACAAAUUUUAAUUGGGUUGCAGGGUAAAAAAAAUUUUUUAUUGCUUAUUUAUUUAUUACCUUUUUUCAAAAUCCCAGAACAAUGAUACAUUGCAAUUUAUACCUAAUAUACAAUGCAAGUAUAUUAUUUAAACCCUGUGUUAUUUUUCAUUCGCAAUUUAAUAUGUUUCUCAUUAAUUGCAAUCUAUUCGUGAGCUUCUUUAAGUAUCCCAGUGAAUUAACAUCUCACUAUAUAUCAAGAAUUCAAAUUAUUGCUAUUUUUCAUUUUAUAUCUUUUAUAUAUUUUAAUAUUAAUUGAAGACUUCCAUACCAUCGAUACAAAUCAUUGCUAUUUUUCAUUCACAGUCUAAUAAUUUGUUUCAUAUCAUUUAUAUGAGCAGCGGUAGUUAAGUGGUUAAUAGUACUGAUCUGUCAUAGUGAAGAAUUUGUGCUCAGAAAAAGUUUGAAGCCCACCCAGCUUCUUUGGGUGGUGCACAACGUCAGUUAAGGCGGCUUGUGCACAAUUCUAACCAAAUUGCCACAAUCAUGCUGUUAGUCAUGAAAUUGUAAACCCUUAAUCUCUUUGCUACCCCCAGCUCACAUAAGGCUGUGACAAGAAUGCUUCAUUAAUUAUUUAUUCACUUAACUAUAAUGUGGAUAGAAAUUACUUUUUUUCAUUCCCAAUUUAGUAAAUUUUGUUGCAUAAUAAUUAUUUAUACAUGAUUAUUUCUAGACCCUGGUCUAAAUUUUCAGCUAAUUCCAAACCAUCUGUCAUUUAUGUAAUAGUUCUAAAUUUAAGUUGAUUCAAAUUUAUUCACAAGACCCUAUAUCAUGGAUAAAAAAUUUUACAUUAUUUUUUUUUUCUGAUUUAAUAAAUUUUGUUUCCUGUUUAUUUUUUAUUUAUGAUCCUUUCUUAACUCAAGAUCAAAUUUGCAGCUAAACACAAAAAUUGUUGUUUAGAAAAUUAUGUACGUUUAUCGUCAAUCUUUCCAAACAAUUUAGUUACGUAAUUUUUUGCCAUCCUGUAUUGUAAAUGUUCAGCAACAGAAAAGAAAGGGGAGAAAAGUUUUGAAUUUCAAAUCUAUUAUUUUGCUCUUUAAAAAAAAUUGUUGCUGUGUAUAUAUUUAUAUAUACAUCCUGGUGAUUUAUUUUUUUCCUGUAAAAGUUUUGAAGAAGGCUUUUCUGGAAAAUUUGUCUUGCAUUUUAAAUUAGUGUUUAUAUUUUUUAAUUGUUGAUGAGUGUCUUGACUUUAUCUACCUAAUUUUGUUGCAUAUGAUGCUUAUGUUCUAUUUGAAUAAAUUAUUUUACAUUACCUCUUAAAUGGCUUGAGGGGGGAUACCAGAUUGAAAAUUUCAAAAAAAUAUGUUUUACUUUUUCUUGUAAUGUUAGUAUUUUGCAGUCUUUAGAAUGCCUUGUUGAAUAGAGUUUUUUGAAAUAAGUAAUCACAAAAGGUCAACAUGAAUCUUCUUAAUAAAUUAUUGAAAGAUUCAAAAUUUUUCUUCUUAAAAUUUUUUGUUUUUGGUCUCAAAUUUUUCUUAAAAUUGAUUUUUUCAAUUAUUUUAAUUCCUUUUCUACAUUAUUUGAAGAAUUAAUUGUCAACCUUGCCCUUACAGAUGUUCAAGAUUUCAUAGAAUGUUUUUGGGAUUUUUACCAAAACUGAAACACUUUUCAAUUAUUUUUUUUACAUUAAAAAUACUAAAUUAGGAGUAUGGAACAAGUAAUUCCUAUGACUCAAACUCUUUUUCAGGAAGGCAUUCUACACACUCUAACUCAAAACAUGACAAAUUAUAUUUAUAUAUAUUUUUUAAUUUUCAAGCUGGUGUUCCUCCGUAAUAGUCCUUUGUAAUCUAGUGUUGAUAGAGUGAGUUUUUAGCUUUCUGAUUUCAUAACUAUGAGCAUUAUUUGUUAGUUGUUCAGCAGACAAACUACCUAAAUUAGGAAAGGGGGGUUUUGCUCAAAGAUUUAACAACACUUACUCUUCUAGUUCAUUGAACUAAUAUUUAUCACUAUUAAAUUUGUGCCUUAUGAUGUGGCAAUGGCUUAGUUCAGGUAGACUGAUUUGCUCGAUUUGUGAUUCAAGUGCAAGUAAUUAGGUUAUGCUUUAAAAUUCUAUACUUAUUAAUUAUUUGCAUACAAAUAUUUGAGAUGACAUGUAUUUAAAUUAAGCUUUAAUUAAUUUUUUUUUAACGAGUUAAGUCGUAUUGAUUGAAAGCAAACGUUUUUUUCCUCCUUCUACUGAUGAUAUGUUUUGAAAUUCAAAAGUUUAACAUAACUUAAAUCUAAAAAUUAAAUGAAUUUUAUGUAUUUUUUCUUUAACAUAGGAAUAGCAUUAAUUAAAACCAGUUUCUCUUGUGCACCAUAUAAAAUGUCUAAAUAUUGCGAAUGAUUUAUGACAUAUUUUUGAAAUAAGAGAAAAUCAAUGAUUUUUGAGCAUAGUAUUCAUUAAAAAGAUCUUUCUUUGUUUUACCUUCUUAUAAGGCAUCUCUAAAUUUGAAAACUUUAACAAAUCCUAUAGCUUUAAUUAAAAUCAAAUUAUAUUUUUCAUCAUCUUAAGGCAUAGUGUUAAUUAAAACCAUUUCAGAAUCAUUUCAAUAAAAAAUUUAUUAUUUUCUAUUUAACUAUUUAAGCAUAAUAUUAAGCAAAAACAUAAUAUUAAGGUUUUUUAUCCUACUAAUAAAAUAUCUAUAAAUUCCAAAGUUUCUGUAACUCAUAGCUUGAAUUGAAAUCAAAUUUUGUUUGGCAAUCUAUAAAAUGUUCAUAAGUUCAAAAACAUGACAUACAAAUUUUUUAAUUAUUAAGUCUACCUUAACUUUAUUUCUAAUAUGCACUAUUUAUGUAUAAUAUCUUUUAAAUUGCUGAAAUGAAAAUUACUUCAUACAUGAAUUAUCUUUCAAUUUUAUUGGAAAUUUCUGUUUAUAAGGUAUUGAAUUAAAUGAAUCUUGCUUUAUAUUAAACG